AUGAAAUCUGCUUUAGAUGAAGUUAUGGGUUCACGAGAUGUUGCUAAAUGUGGAAUAUCUGUCGAUGGGACAUGGCAACGCAGAGGAUACUCAUCAUUAAAUGGAUGUGUUAGUGCUAUUUCCAUCGACACUGGUAAAAUUUUAGAUGUUGAAGUCAUGUCACAGUAUUGUCGGAUAUGCUCAAAAGGUAACAAGUCAUCAGAUCAUAUCUGUGCAAACUAUAAAGGUUCCGCUGGUAAUAUGGAAGUUGUUGGUGCUUAUCGCAUCUUUGAACGGUCAAAUGCAAAAAAUGUGCAAUACAGUGAAUAUUAUGGUGACGGAGACUCGAAAGGGUAUGACAGCGUAAAAAACUUUUAUGGUGAUAAUUCAGUAAUGAAACUAGAAUGUAUUGGACACGUCCAGAAACGUGUAGGUGGAAGUUUGCGUAAAUUGAAGAAAAAGAUGAAAGGCAUAGGAGGCAAAGGUAAAUUAACUGAUAAAUUGAUAGACAAAAUCCAAAAUUAUUAUGGUAUUGCUGUAAGAAGUAAUGCAGGUAAUCUGCAAAACAUGAUAAGUGGUGUAAUAGCUGCAUUUUAUCAUAGUGUGUCUGGCAAGGAUAAUCAUUAUCAUGGCCAAUGCCCCGAAGGUAUUGAAAGUUGGUGUCGUUUUCAAAGUGCAAAAGCAAUAGGAAAAUCGCUCAAAGAAAAUGGAACUGGAUUACCAAAUAAAAUUGUCAAUUUAAUCAAACCGACAUAUUUAAAACUGUGUAGUACAGCUCUACUACAUAAGUGUCUCCAUGGUAAGACACAAAAUUGUAACGAAAGUUAUAACAACAUUUUGUGGAAUUUUUUGCCUAAAGAUACUUUUAUUGGACUUGAAACAUUUCGUUUAGGAACUUAUCUAGCUGUAAUUCUCUUCAAUUCAGGGCAUAGUGGUUUACUAUCUGUGUUUAAAAAUGUCAAUUUUUACUUUCAUGAAAUACUUUCAAAAGAAAUCAUUAACUUUGAUAAAGAACGUAUUUCGAGCUCUAUACGACAUUCUUUACCAUUGACGAAGUUAGCUCGGAAAAAAAGAAAAGCAGAUCGAAAAACUAAAUGUACUAAAUAUGAAAAAAAAGAAGGUUUAACAUAUUCAUAUGGUGGAUUUUAA